AUAAUACUCUCCCUGCUUGCGUCUUGACUAAUCAACUUGAACAGUCAUUGCGAAGAAAUUACUGCAAUAUUAACAUUAGAUAUAACAUUUGGAGCCACUUCAUAGAGAGGAAAGUCACGCCACCUAGCAAUGUGUGGUUCAGACCUCUUCCUUGCAAUUCUUGCAGUCUUCUUCCCACCAAUUUCAGUAUGGAUCAAAGUCGGCAUCUGCACAGCCGACUCGCUCAUCAAUAUUGCCCUCUGCUGUCUCGGUUACGUUCCUGGUCUCUUACACGCAUGGUACAUCAUCCUUAAAUAUCCAGAACCUGACAUCGAUGACCCGAACUAUGCGCCCAUUCGAGGGGACGUCGAGGAUGGUCGUGUAACAUAUUAUGUCGUCGCCCAUGAACAUGCCCCGAGCCAUUCCCGGAGGAACUACGGUACCGUGGAAUCACAUACCCCGCAACAACACCCGUCACCUCAAUACUCGCAGCAACAGCAAAAUGCGGAUACAGCUGGUAGCAGCAGCCAGGAUGCGCAGGAGACCAGGGCACCACCGACCUAUGCUGAAGCCGUUAGGGGGGACUACAAGAUCCAGUCGCAUGACUAGUUGCAUCUAGACACGCAAUGCAAGAUAUGAGUUACGCCGGUACGCAAAGUCUUUGAUAUCAAUCUUCGAGCUGCUUCAACGAACUUCCAUAAUAUCUCACUCGACAAUGGAUGUACUUUAUGGAUGCACAUGGUUUGUUUUAGAACAUGAUGGGAACAUUGAUAAAUACUGUUUCUUUGUGCGAGAGAGAGCAAUAUGACAUCUCGUCUCCAGUGUCGGUGAAGGUGUGUGUUUGAAUCUAUUCUCACGGAUAUAGAAACACCCCCUGGGAGCUCUAGCAAGGGAAUAACAUCAAAUGAAAGGUAAUGAGGAAUAAUUGGCUUAUUUUUAACGUUGUUGCGAUAAGAGUUGGAUUUAUUAUCUGGACAGUUAUGCUCCGUGUAUGAAGUACUUGCAGUAAUUAGCAUUUAUUCCGCAAUAUUGUGUGAUUGUUUCAUAAUGGAUUACUUCCUAUGAACUAUGAGUACCAUUCAAAUACAC